AUGCGCGUUGAGUGGACGAACAUUGCUCGCUUGGCCGUCCCCAAAAGCGCACGCGAGCGCUGUGAAGUUGUGUAAUUUGCCGGUGCGGUGACUUAUUGUAUAUCAACCGCAAGUUACGAAAUCAACCCUGGGACCUUCAUAAUUUUGACUGUCUUCAAUGCCGACUGAAAGCUUUAUCAAGACGCGGACUUAAGUUGAAAACAUGUGUGCACGUAUCGUGAUUUCAUUCCAAUUUUGAAUAUUCCUUUGAUGCCCAUGAUGAUUAGGACAGUUUUUGGUGUGUAUGCCUUGGUGCUGUUGUCACUGUUUUCUUUCACUGACAGUGCCGAGGAAGGUGCGCGUGUAAAAAGGCCACGAGCAGGAGAUUUGCAGUUAUCGCGCGAACCCGCUCAAGAAUUGGAUGCUCCAGAGCCGGAGCAAGCCACUGGUCCUGCGCCCCACGCCUUCAUCAGCCCCUCAGUCAAAGAAUACCUUGAACUCGGUGUCGCUAUACCUGGCAAGCCGGGUACGGAUUAUCCUGUGCUGGGUACAGUCCCCUACACCAAUUUCUAUUGCGACGAGCAACCUUACCCAGGAUUCUUCGCUGAUACCGAGACACGGUGCCAAGCCUGGCACUACUGCGAUAUCGACGGCCGACAAGCAUCAUUCCUUUGUCCUAACGGUACAGUCUUCUCCCAAGUGGUCGCUUCAUGUGACUGGUGGUUCAACGUGCGAUGUGCACUGUCACCUUCGCUAUACUCGCUUAACUCCCGAUUGUAUAGACGAAGAAAGAAAACAUCUAUACCUAAACCGCACAGGUUGAUCGAUAAGCAGUUAUUGGAUGAGAUAUUUGUGUGAUUUUCAACUGUAACCUACACUCGUUAUACAGUUUGUAAGAGAAAGGUAGUGAUUAAAACGUUGCAUUAACAAAACGUGGAAAAAAUAUUUAUUCAUGCUGUCGAACCGAUGUUGUAUAAGAUAUUUUUGUAAAUCUAGAAAUGUAAAGAAAUAUGAAGUACCUAUUUGAUUUUUUAAACC